UCCCAUUUUCUCUGGUUUUGAUCAUUGAAGAGCGAGAGAAAGAGGGAGAGGGAGAAAGAGGGAGAAAGAGAGAGAGGUCUGUUGGUGCUUGUAUGUGUAUUCUUUCAGUACUGGGUUACCUCACACAUGCACUCUUUGGACACCGUAGGGAGAAGAGGCGCUGAAUCUAAUUUUCUUUCUGAGAGAGCGCUCUGCAGACCUGAAAACACAAAGAUUCCUGCCGUAGUGGAAUGCAUGUGUCUUUCCUGGAUUUCCUUUAACGUUCUAGUGUUUUCUCGCCGAAUUUCUCCAUCCUUGGUUUUUCUGGAAUGAGCUGUUUCCUGCCUGCGUCGUUUCCAUGCCAGCAUGGGAACUGUCGUGUCUAAAAGGAAGAAUUUAAGAAACGAUGCGAUAUCUUCCGUGGCAGCAAAAGUUAGAGCAGCGCGAGCAUUUGGAGAGUACCUGUCCCACACACACCCCGAGAACCGAAACGGAUCAGCCCAUCUCCUGUCUGACACGUUUGUGGGCCCAGACUCUGACUCCCCUGGUGGUGUCCGUCACCACAACAACAACCAUCCAUACCCCCACAGGGGUUCUCCAGCCCCCCCUGAGUCCAGCCUCGUGAAAUCUCCGCUGGGCAACCUCCAGCCCCCGCCCCCCUCCAUCACCACCACCAAGGCCCGUUUAUCUCUGGAGCGCAGCUUCUCGGCCGAAGAGGACCAGCAGAAGUGUGUGGAGUGUGCCCUGCAGCCUGCCCGUGUCUACACCAUCACCGGAGAGCACAGUAUGCUGGGUAGCAACCGGGGCAGCAAGGAGAGCCUGGAGCUGGAAGUGCUGAAGGGGGCGUCGACCCUGGUCCAGCCCUCCACCUCCCCCUCCUCCACCUCCUCCCCCACCCAGCACCACCUUCGCCACGGUCACCGUGGCAACACUCAUCGCGAUGAUGGGAGCCAUCGUCACGGCAACCCCGUUGCCGGCGGCAGCAGCAGCAACCACCACACUCUGGCUGUUACCGGCGGGGGUGCUGCCCACCAUGGUCACCAUGGCAGCCACCACCAUCUGUCCCAGCAGCCCCUGUCAAGCUCGGUCAGCGCCCACAACAUCCGCAGCUGGGAUGAGGGGGGAAAGGGGGGCUCGCGGGAGGACUGCAGCCUCAACAUGGCCUUGGACUCUAGCGGGGCUCCAUCCCGUAGCCAGGGCUCCCUGGAUCUAGAGAGUUCCCGCGAGGCAGGCAAGCAACACAGACGCCUUGAGAGGAUGUGGAGUGUGGACCGGAUGACUGUGCUGGAGAGAGAGGACAACAACUGGUACCCAAAAGAAAACAUGUUCAGCUUUCAGACUGCUUCUACCACCAUGCAGGCGAUAUCGAACUUCCGGAAGCAUCUUCGAAUGGUGGGCAGCAGGAGAAUGAAGGCACAGACAUUUGCCGAGCGUAGAGCGAAGAGUUUCAACCGCUCCUGGAGUGACCCCACCCCUGUCAAGAAUGACUCUUCACAUGACCCCAGAGAAAGUGGGGACCUGCCGGCCUCGUGUGGGACUCUGGAUGAAGGGGAGCGUGAGGACCUAGACUGGGAGGAGGAGAGGGAGAUGGAGAGACUGGCCUGUGAGGGAGACGACUUCAUCCCACCCAAAAUCAUGCUGAUCUCCUCCAAAGUCCCCAAGGCAGAGUACGUUCCCACCAUCAUCCGCAGGAAUGACCCCUCAAUCAUCCCCAUCCUCUAUGACCAUGAACAUGCUACGUUUGAUGAUAUCCUCGAGGAGAUUGACAAGAAGCUAACAGCCUAUAGGAGAGGCAGCAGAAUCUGGAGGAUGCUCAUCUUCUGUCAGGGAGGUCCAGGGCAUCUGUACCUGUUGAAGAAUAAAGUGGCCACAUUCGCCAAGGUGGAGAAAGAGGAGGACAUGAGUCAGUUCUGGAGGAGGCUGAGUCGGUUUAUGAGCAAAGUGAACCCUGAACCCAACCUCAUCCACAUUAUGGGCUGCUACGUCCUGGGAAACCCCAAUGGAGAGAAGCUGUUCCAGAAGCUAAAGAACCUGAUGAGGCCUUACUCCAUUGAAUUUGAGUCACCACUGGAGUUGUCCGCACAGGGAAAAGAGAUUAUUGAGAUGUACUUUGACUUCCGUCUCUUCCGUCUGUGGAAAACCCUGCAGCACUCCAAACUCCUGGACUACGAAGAUCUUUUGUGACGGGGCUCCAAGUGAAGUCAACCCUGUAGCAUACAUACAGUCUAUACUGGGGCAGGAGGACCCACUGAACCCUACUGCUCAACACAACUCUAACACCCAUCAUACAUGCUUUCAUCCAGGAGAGGACUGGGAGAGGUGGAAGAGGAGAAGAGGGAAAGGAGUGAUAGAGAGGAGGAAGAGGAGGAGGAUGAAGGGUGACAUAGCAGCUUUCACGGCGCUGUGUGCCUAACCCAUUAUUUAUUUCAACCCUCCUCUUCACUUCCUACGCAACCACAAAGGUCAGGGGUUAAAAAGAGAGAAACCACGCCAAAGGAAUGCUAGAAGGACAAGGAGACCUGAAGAUUGGAGAGAAAGAGUGAUAGAGUAUAAACGGAGAGACAGAGGGAUGAAGGGAGCUUCUGUGCUCUCUCUUUCUCUCCCUCGGGAAAGGUGUCUGACGUGCUCUCUCUUUCUCUCCCUCGUGGAAGGUGUCUGAGGUGCUCUCUCUUUCUCUCCCUCGUGGAAGGUGUCUGAGGUGCUCUCUCUUUCUCUCCCUCGUGGAAGGUGUCUGAGGUGCUCUCUCUUUCUCUCCCUCGUGGAAGGUGUCUGAGGUGCUCUCUCUUUCUCUCCCUCGUGGAAGGUGUCUGAGGUGCUUAUAGCAAUUUCCUGGUUCUGUAGUUGUUGGUUCUUUCAGAAAAUCUGGAUUGGAGAAGCAUAAAUAAAUGUAUAUACAUCCGAUGAAUAUAGUCUAGCUCUAGUCAUGCAAAUACUCUAUAUAUGAAAAUAUGAUAUUUUUGAUGUGUAUCGUUGUGGUGUUUCUUAUGGACUGUUUUCAAUAACUCAGGUUUAGCCAUGAAAUAAUCUGUUUGUUUGAUCCCCUACUCUAUUAUCAUCAUUGCCAUUGCUUGGGAUGAAUGUAUAUCUCAGAGAUAUUUAUCUUCUAACUAUUUCAACUUAUUCAGCUCCAGAUCCAAAAGUGUAGGGAUGAUGUGACCACAGACACAGCGUGCGUGGGUGGGUGUGUGCGUUUUCCCUCUGUGAUAUAGCCAAGCUGAACCAUUCAAUUUCUCACCACAGAGUGAAGUCACUGACACACACUUCCUGCAGCUGACUUGUGAUGUCAGGUCUGGUGUCAUCGCCAACAGCUCAAGCAAAGCUCCUAUUAGUGUUACCCAGUAACAGUAAAUGAUCAGGGGACGUCUAAAAGGAACAGCUGCUCUGCUUACUGUUGGAAAAGAGAAAGACAUAACUCCACACUUGUCAAAGCCAGCCUGCUUACACACACAGCAUUAUCCCCUGCCAAGGUAUUCUCUGUAAGCGCUAAAUCAACACAACAUAACACAAACACAUUUGUCUUCCUUUGUGUGACUGUUCUGUCGGCCUGUGUCAUGCUCUUGAAAAAUGUACUGUUUCUGAGGGGAGCUAACGGGUGAAGAGUUGAGGGGUAGAUAUCGAUGUCAUCCCUCAGAUGUAGCAAUAGAUGUGUUGGUACUUGAACAGUACUUCUACAUGGGGACCUUGACCCACCUCCGAACGCUCUAACUGUUGAAGACCCAGACUCUGACGCAGCGCUCUUAAAGCAGUUCUAUAUGUACUCUUCCGUUCUCUUCUCUAAAGUUCAUAUAAACCUUCGAUGCUACAUCUAAAGAUGCAAACACCCAUACUGUGUAUCUCUCUGUCCACCCGUAUCUGAUCAUUUAUGUAACAUCAAUCUCUAUGACUGUACUGUUACCCUUUUAAAUAGAAAAACAAGUGUGAGGGAAACAUAAGAGUGGAUUGAAAAGAAAUGUAUCAAAAAUAAAUUAGGAUUUGUUUUACCUACAGUUGAAGUUGGAAGUUUACAUACACCUUAGCCAAAUACAUUUAAACUCAGUUUUUCACAAUUCCUGACAUUUAA